UUUAGAACUUAUAUAAUAGAGAGAGUGUCUAUACCAGGGAGAAGUGUCACAAAACCGACUUGCCAGCCUGGUGUCUUUUUGGGAGAGCGGGAGCAAAGGGACGAAGGUAUUGAGGUUCAAAAAAAGUGAGACCAAUGACAACAAAUUGUCAGACCAAAAAAUACCAAAGGUAACGUUUAACUUAAGCCCAUCAAAAGCAGACAAAAUUGAAUAUACAGAUAUUUGCGAGUCAUGUAAAAGUUUUUCUGAAUCUCAUAAUGGAACUAGACAUGAUGACAACAUUUCUGUUCUACCGUCUGUUGGGGAGAAAAUGUCAUCUUUUGACACUGUUCAGCUUCCAACUAAACAAAUGGUUGAUAUUUCUGUAUACAAACGAAAGGAAAUUUAUUCUCCUGUUCUGUCGGUCCAAAAGGCUAUUACUGAGCAGGAUGAUCAGUGAUCCCAAGAGAUGUUGGGAGAGAGAAAAAAGUAUUCCUAAGAUCAUUAUCAGCACUCCUGAUUGUAUGCCAAAAAGUUAUUCUCAACAAGGUCUCAACAUUUCCACCAGACGAAAUGGAGGGGAAAUUCCUGAGACAAGUAGCUUCUCUUAUACAGAGAGCUUAGUGAGAUAAAGACUUCAUCAUCGAAAGGAAAACUCAACCCAAUUUCCAGAAGAGUCUCUGUUAAUAGUCCUCUAGAUGACACUGAUAGGACACCUUACAACAAAUCUUUAUUUAAGACACGCAUGUUAGGUUCAGGUGAAAGCAUUAAGAUUACUCCAGUAUCGUACCCCAUCAGAAAUUUCACCUCAGUCUCUCAGGAUCACAUUGACCAGUCAACCGGUGACACAGUGAUAAUCCUAGAGCAGUCCAGAACACUCAGCUCAAGACACAUGACUAAAGUCAAGGAGUCUAGAAUGGCUGGGUGCCCACUGAGAGUCUUUCCUAUAGAUAUCAGUCCAACCAAAAAGACACCGUUGAGAGGUAUGGAACACACACCCACAGGACAGCACACCAGUUACACAAGCGCAAAAGAGUCAAGUCCUGGGAAUGAUGACAUAUUGCUGGCAGAGAGGCCAGAAGAGCAUCUCUUGUCUUUUGCAGGAAAUACAUCUGAGAGAAUCAUAUGCUACCAACCUACAUCUCCACAUUCUCCACCAUGUUUUGGAAGGUCACAGGCACCAGGAACUGUCUGCACAGGCAACAUCAAUAGUACACAGACCAGUCAAGCCCAUUCCUUACCUGUUUCACAAAGCCAAACCUCUGACCAGCUGAUAACAUCACCUGAGACCACCAAUAAACGACCAGUGGUGCUCACAGAACAAAUGCAGCUGGAUGACUUGCAGUGCAGAACUUCUCCCAGGUCUUCCAUACAUCUGAGCUGUCAGCAUCACCCAAACAUAGCGUCCACACACGUAUCUGGGUUCAAACACCAACCAGACCAGCAAGAGAGGGCCGGAGUACGGGUGUACGAGAGUUCUGAGCGCAUGUCAGUCUCUCUUCAAUCCCAGCCUCAGUCAGAGAUCACCUUCUCCAGCAGCACAUCAACUGGAUCCUGGCCUUUAUUUCAGAGGAGUUCAGCCUGUGGCAGUGAGGCUCCAGGCCCGAUAAGUACAGCACAGAAACAAGCCAGUGUCCGACCUCUUUCAAUUUCCAAGAGUUUAGAGGACCUGGCAACCCUGCCGUCAAAUGAAAGAUGGAAAAAUGACCCAAGGAGUGGUAUCAUACAGACGGUGGAGGAAGCUCCUCAUUCACUCAGCAUUGCGGUCCUGGAUCCAGAGCAGAUGAAGAGGCUGAGUGUUUCAGUACCUGCUUUUAUUCACGAGCAGGAUAACGGCAGAGAAAGUGACUGUCUCUCAGUAAACAGUUUCUAUUCUGAAAGACAGAGGAAAAGCAGCACAAAUACUAACGCAAGUGCCUCCUCUGGCCUCGCCUCCAUGUCUUCUGUCAGUGGCAGUGUCACGAACAUUUACGGCACAGACUUUGGAAAUGUGGAGGUUAAGGGAACCAUCCAGUUUGCCAUUGACUAUGUGAAUAAACUGGGAGAGUUCCACAUAUUUAUAGUCCAGUGCAGAGAUUUGGCAGUGGCAGAGCCUAAGAGGAACCGGUCUGACCCGUAUGUUAAAUGUUACCUUUUACCUGACAAAGCAAAGCUGGGGAAGAGGAAGACCUCUGUGAAAAAGAAGACUCUUAAUCCUACUUAUAACGAAAUCCUACGGUAUAAGAUACCACUUGAGAGCUUAAAGGUCCACACAUUAAACAUCUCUGUGUGGCAUAAUGACAUAUUUGGGAGGAACAGUUUUCUUGGAGAGGUCAAUAUGGAUUUGUCCGAGUGGGACAAUAAUUCACACAUGAUAGACCGCAUCCUCAAAGGAAGGACUGUUACUCCAUACAGUCCAAAGCAUGCUAGCCUCAACAUGGAUAUGUGUGGAGAUAUGAGAAUAUCUUUGCGUUUCCUUCUGCAGACAUCUCAAAGUAACAAGACCCCACAGACUGGUGAGAUUCAGGUCUGGGUAAAGGAAUGUACGAAUCUAAUAUCCAUAAGAAGGCCUAUCGAUCCGUUUGUAAAAUGCUCAAUACUUCCAGACAGCCAUCAGAAAAAAAGACAGAAAACCCGGGUUGUGAAGAGGACGACAAACCCCGUGUUCAACCACACCAUGGUCUAUGAAGGCCUCAGACCAGAGGACCUGAGAGACACUUGUGUUGAACUCACAGUGUGGAGCCAUGAUCGGCUCAGUAAUCACUUCCUGGGAGGCACAAGGCUUAACCUUGGAACAGGCAAAAGUCACGGCACCGAGGUAAAGUGGAUGGAUUCGAACUCUGCCGAAUCUGCGUUGUGGAGAAGAAUGAUUGAAUCAACGAAUCAAUGGGUAGAAGAGACCGUGCCUUUGAGGAUGCUCAUCAUGGCAAGAUAGUAACGAUCCAACUGUUUGGCUCAACAAAAGAUGUGUGAAAAAUUUUAUAGAAAUUGGAGGAUGUGUUAAAUAUAUACACACCUUCAUUUGAGUUCAUGUCAAGGGAACAUGGAGUAUGGAAAAUACUCUGUUUUACCUCUUGUCGUGUCCACUGUUUCUAUGAUUUAGAAACAGUGUUUCUAAAUCAUAGUCUCACAUAUGUGCUUUGUAAUUUUAAAAGUAAUUUUCUCAGCAAACCAAUUUCAACAUCAUACACUAUAUUGGCAAAAGUUUUGGGACACCCCUCCAAAUCAUUCGAUUCAGGGGUUGGAUGUGGCCCUGUAGUUCCAGUGAAAGGAACUCUUUUAAAGCUCUAAUUCAUCCCAAAGGUGUUCUAUGGGGUUGAGGUCAGGACUCUGUGCAGGCCAGUCCAGUUCCUCCACACCAAACUCCCUCAUCCAUGUCUUUAUGGACCUUGGUUUGUGCACUGGUGUACAGUCAUGUUGGAACAGGAAGGGGUCAUCCCCAAACUGUUCCCACAAAGUUGUGAGCAUGGAAUUGUCCAAAAUUAAGCAUUAAGGGUUCCUUUCACUGGAACUAAAGGGCUGAGCUCAACCCCUGAAAAACAACACCUGAAUUCAUUUGGAGGGGUGUCCCAAAACUUUUGACAAUAUACAAUCAAAAAAAUAAAUAAAAUAUGUAGCACAGAGGGAUUAAAAUACUGUAUGUACAUGUAUUACAGAGAUAGUCCUCAGUUGGCAAAGAAGCUGUUUCUGCAUUUCAUAUUGGAAGCUGAAUUAGAGCACUAUAUUUAUAAUAGCUCUGCUGAUGAUGUACAGAUGAUCGUUUUAUUAGAGCAGUUUGAAUAAACGUUUCUGUUAUUUGAUGAUUUUAUUAAAUACUUAUAAGGGCAAA